AUGGACGCGCUCUUCUCUGUCCCCGUCCUAUCGCUCUUCCUCGUCCCGGCCCUGUCAUCCUACAGCACCAGCCUCAACCUCCUCUUUUUCUACAUGACAUGGACCACCCUCGUGCUAUCGCACCCCCCGCUCCGCGUGGAGCUGUUCAGCACAGCCGCCGUGCGAAUAUUUUUCUAUGCACUCCCGUCCCUGGUCUUCUUCCUCUUCGAUAUUCUGACUCCAUCUGCGGCGGUGGUCGUCAAGGCGCAGGGCGAGACCGGUUUGCCGGGUGGAAAGAAACGCGGCAAAAUCCGAGCCAAUGAGCUUAAAGUGGCUGGGUGGGCGCUGCUGAACGUGGGUUUGGGUAUUGCGGCGCAGGCGGCGAUUGAAAUGCUCCUGGUGCAGGUCCUGCAUGUGCGCAGUGCGAUCAAGGUCUCGAUGAAGUUGCCGAUGCCGUGGGAGAUGGUUAAGGAUAUGGUUCGUGGAUUGCUUGGACGAGAGAUCCUGACAUAUAUCCUGCACCGCUACUCCCUCCACUCACGCUCCUCAUUCCUCGCCGAUUGCCACGAGACCUGGUACCACUCGCUUUCAGCCCCAUUCCCACUCACCGCGCACUACGACCACCCGCUCGCCUACCUAGUCUCCAAGUUCAUCCCAACCUACGCGCCCGCCAUGCUCUUCCGCUUCCACAUGCUCACCUACCUACUGUACCUUACCACCAUCUCCAUCGAGGAGACCUUCGUCUACUCCGGGUACACGAUCAUGCCGACCAGCUUCUUCUUGGGCGGCAUUGCCCGCCGCACCGAUAUGCAUCUGCUUACCGGCGCGGAGGGCAAUUUCGGUCCCUGGGGCGUGUUGGACUGGCUGUGCGGCACUACCGUUGGAGACUCGAGUGUCGAGGAAGAUUUGAUUGACGAGAUUGAGGAGCGCGAGAUUGAGGAGAAAGUGCGCAAGGCGAUUGAGGCGUCUAAGCGGAAGGUUAAAGAGGGGGCGGCGCAGGCUAGAGGGCAGACGUCGCGGAGGCGCCGGCGUGAAUAG